UCGCACUCAAUUGUUUUCAGUUCAGAAGGUGCUGAUUGUUUGUGUUUGCAUCUUGUUGUUUCUCGGACGGAGCCCUUCGGUGCCGCCGAAAUAUGAUCGUUUUAUUGGCGCCGAAUCAUAUGAACUUUUAUUGAUGAGCAGCUGCCCAUAAAGUCGGCCAGUUCGAUGAAUUCGGAGGCAUUUUGAUGUAGCCGGCCACUCGGAAUCGGCGCAGCGAGCAGUCCCCCUCAAGAUGGAGAACAGAUCGGCGUUCCCAGACAGCACUACUAAAGAAAAAAUGACCUUUUUGGAGGGCGAAGAUGUUUUCGUCUCCCAAAAGGAUGGCCGCCUCUACUUUGGCACCAUCGUCCAGGUUGAGUACGAGAACAAAAGGUGUCUGAUUAAUUUUGGCGAUGAUACGAAGCAGUGGUCUUUUUUCCACACCAUUCGCCGACUCUCCAGCAGUGUUGUCAGCGACGGACCGUGCUGUGUAGUCUGCAAAACGUCCAGCCAGAAAAACUGCCAAUCGAACGAAGUCGUCACUUGUGUCAAGUGUGAUAGAGGUUAUCAUCAGAAGUGUCAUGUGCCAAAAAUUGAAAACCCCUCGAAAAAACUGACGUGUCAAAGAUGUACAGAAGAGGAGGAAAAGCGUCGACAGAAGGAGCUGCGCGAACAGAAGAAAAUGCAGCAGCACAAAAUUUUUAUGAUGGAGAAGAAGGCAAGGAAAUCUAUAACAAAACCAGAAAAAGAAGUUCCCAAACAGGCCACUGCAAACUUCAGAAAACUUUCCUAUGACGCUUCCAACCUGACGUGGGACUCAGCGCACAGAACAAACCACGAGCAGAAGUACUGCUACUGCGGUGAGACUGGACAGUGGUUUUUUAAGAUGCUGCAGUGCGUGCGGUGCAAGCAGUGGUUUCACGAAAAAUGCAUCAAAUCUCUGACUCAUCCACUAUUUUAUGGUGAUAGGUUUUAUGCGUUUGUUUGUGAAAACUGUAACGAGGGCUGCGAGUUUGUCAGACGAAUGGAACUCGGCUGGACAGACUUGGUGCAUCUCUCCAUGUAUAAUAUUACUUUGGUCAGUAUAAAGAAGUACCACGACAUAGACUCAGUCAUCACUAGUUUCGUGCUUGACAACUGGGAAAACCUGAAUCUCCCUGAUAAGAUUCACUGUGUGAGUGUGAAGGAGAGAAAGGACAAAAUAUUCAGAAUCCUUCAGUCUGAGAAGCAGAGGUUCAAGUGGGGCAAGGAGGUGAAAAAGAAGACGACCCUGUACGCGUUGAGACAAAAAGUGCCGCCGGCCGUGCCUCCAUUCAACGUUCCGAUCACUGGGAAAAUUGAUGACGCAGUCCUCAGACAAGUCAGCGAAUCUAAUAGGAGGGUCAAGUUCAUUUUUCCUAAAGGCAACGCUGCUAAGUACAACAGCCAAAUUGGAGGCCUCACCUUCCCUGCUGCGAUGGCCUACCAAAACAAGAAUUGCGAAGAGUCUGUCACAUCAAAGUCAGACGCAACCGAUGGAAAAUUGUCGGUCAGUUCUGAGGCCAGUCUGGACGACUCUGAGAGUUCAGAGGUGGAGGAAGAGUCCGAGGGUGGCAGUGUCAAGUGCCGGCCUGCCAAAGGUACCCAGUUUGACACGAGUUUGCAUCAAAGAAGGUCUUCCUUGAGGGCCACCCCUGACAAAAAAGAACAGCCCGGCCGGAAGCGCGCGAAAUCGGAAGGUGGAUCCAAGGAGGAUGAGAAGGAAAUUAAAAACAAGACUGCCAGAAAACUGAUUAAAAACGCCAUAAAUAAGAGCCAGAAACUGAUGAAAACGUCGCCAACAAGGCCAGAUGCAAGAGCAGAAACCCCCUCAAAAGCUACGCAAAGCAAGGCUGCCAUGUUGACACCAACAUCCAUCAAAAGUGACACCAAGGCGACACUUGAGGCGAGCAAGACCCUGCUGAAGCACCUUGCUCAGCAGCAGCAACAGCAGACUGCCAAGAAAACGGCCGCCCCGCCAUUACCAGUGGCAGGCAAAGCGACAAAAAGGCAGCUCAGCGAGAAGGACAUCCGCAUAGGAAAGAAUGGGGAAAUCAAGCGGAGACGCUUCAGACGCCGCAACACUCUGCCCAGCACCAAUAUCCCAGCCAGCAGCCUUUUUGACUUGUACAAAACUGACUCUUCGCUCCAGAGCAACAGCCGCACUUCAUACCAUCGCUCUGUCAAAGUGGCCAGCGUGAACCCAAGACUGAGCGGCCCUCUGGUGGCGCGCUCAGGCCGCGACCUGAUGCAAUUUGCGCUGAACGCUGCGCGGCUGAACUUGAAGCCGCAGCCAGAGGAGGAUGAAGAGGAGGAGGUUGCGGCGGCGACAACAGCAUCUGCCCAGGCGGAGGUACCGCCUCCCAAGGACCUGAGCGCCGAGGAGCUGCGCUCAGCCAUUGGACAUUACUUCAGUCCGGCCAGCCGCAUCAUCAACGGCGAGAACUUCAGCAUCAACGGCAAGCGGACCCGACUGGACGGCACGGUCGAGUACCUCAUUCAAUGGGACCGACCGGUGAACUUGUAAGCAGCCAAUUGUGAUAAAACAAACAGAAACACGGCCCAUUUGCACGGUAGAAGCGCGCCGGCAGUCGACAGACAGACCAAUCCAAUCGGCGGGAUCCUUGUUUUCCGUUGUUACGACGUGUUUAUGUACAUACACACAUUUUGUUGCGCAGUUUCAGCUGUGAUGUAUCUAUUAGUUCUAUCGAUAUACGUUUUCUACUCAAACGAUGCCACACUCUGCUGCAGACUGCUGACAGUAAUGUUUGCCAAUCGCCCACACGGAUUUUGAUCAGCCCCUUAUUGCUCCGUAUACAUAUCACGGAAUCAUUUAAAGAAACAUUCUACAACUAAAGUCGCAAUGUUUUAAACGCGCUCCACUUGCUAGUGUUUAAGUUUUUUUUACUUUCGUAUAUUAUUUAACGCAAUGUCUGCUAAUGAGGAAUUUAAUAUUUUCUCAAAUUAUUUCACUUUGUUCUUUAAUUUUUGUAUAUCCCAUUUUGAAUUAAUACAAGGGCUUGGUGCCCUUGGUGCUAAAUUAAUCUUUGACUGAUUGAAAAAAGCCAAAAACAGGAAUUUCGUUAUCUAAUAGAAUGAAUUUGAAAGUUAAAUUUUUAUUUGUCGGAGGAUUAAGUUCAGUUCCCUUGGUGUGUAGCGAGCCGUUAUUUUUUUUUAAUAUUUCUAGAAAGGUUGUGCACUAAUAGUUUUGGCUACUGGUUGCAGCCCUAAUUCAUUAGCUAGAAUGGAAACAUGAGUUUCAAUUAAAGAUUAUCAUCAAUUUUCCGCUAUUAUUAUGUAAAAAAAUCAACACCUUUAACAUUACAUAAUGUUAUACAAAGUCUUAACUAAACAAAUGGUAGAGAUUUGAUGUACACCAAGGAAGUUGCAUUUAAUUUACUAUGACAAUCAUGACAACCUAACAUGCUUCUGCCUUCAUUGGCAUCUAUCAAUAAUUUGUAUUUGUCUUCAGCGGGAAGUUAGAUUAAUCGAAAAUUGCUUACAACAAAAACCAGUUCGUCAGUCUAGAAUAUCUAGUACUUCCCUAAACUACAAAACUAUGAUAUGGUUAUUUAAUUUCCUUGUUAGCAGCCAACUUAAGAAAUCCGCUGUAAAAAUCUAGUGGAAAGAUUUGCAUACAUUACUUUGGAGGUUGAUUCUUUUGGGGAUCAGGCUAGCAAAGCAACGAAUUCAGUUUAUUUGCUCUUUUAUUAAAAUUGUGCUUUUGAGCCUGAUGUUCAGCCUCGGCUACCCAAGUUUUAGUGUUAACCAUGCAUUAUGUCAACUGAUUUGAAACAGUGCAUAGGCAACUAUAAUGUUCCACAUGUAGGUUCCUUUUAUGUUUCCUCGCCUAUUCCAUGUUAGCCUAACUAAAAUGAUCAGCAUUUUUCUACACAAACUGUUUCAAGAAAGCUCAACAUACCGAAACGCUUUCGUCUGAUUUUGAUCUUUAAACGCCACAGGCAGAUUUUUUGGUUGGUUGUUCAACCAAAUCAGUUAUUUUUUUUCUUUCGGUCAAAUGUUUCAGAUUUGAUUUCGAUCACGCAACAUUUUAGAUGGGAUUGGAUCGUAAUUUGUGUUCUGAGUGUCUCAUAAUCCUGAUAUUGGCAAAACUCAUAUACUUUUCCCCUGUCCCUCAUGUAAAAAUGUUUCCUGUCGUGUGUAGGUCGUUCUCAUCCCCUGUACCAUGUUAAUUAUGAAUGCGCACUGUUUGUUUCCAACUUGGUUAAAAUGUUCAAGUCUGAAAAUGUUUGUCCGAAGAUUUGCACUGAGAAGGGCAUUCCAUACGUAGUUGAGAGAUACUUACGCAAUUUACACACAAGGCCACACCGUCUGCCAGGCGUCGGCAGCCUAUUAUUACUUAGGUUCAGUUUCCGAACGACGUUCUGCGAAGCAAGAGAAUAUGAAAUGGAAUCACUGCCAAUAUUUUUAUAUGUAACUAGUCAAAUUUUUGCAGUUGGAAUUUUGUACAGUCUCAAAAUGUUCACGACUCUCUGGAAUCCUGAAUUUAAUCUGGACAAAUGCUUCUUUUUAGUGGAUUCAAUAAAAUGCAAAUUCAUUCAGAA